CAAGAGUUCAUUCUUCCCUCACUUCUCUCUCUCUCUCUCUCUCUCUCUCUCGAUCUUGAGAUCUCUGUCUUUCAUUGAAAAUCAUAUGUAGUAGUAGUUACACAAAAAUGUUUCUUCAUCAACUUCGCUUAGCAUCCUUGAUUGUUCUUUGCUUCACUACUUUUACAUCUGGUGCUGCUCGAUUACCAAACGAUGAAGUUCAGGCAUUACGUGACUUAGCAAAAACACUUGGGAAGACAAACUGGAACUUCUCUGUAGAUCCAUGUGGUAAGGAAGGGGGAUGGACUGACCCAAACCCGGUUAAAGUAUACGAGAAUAAUGUCACCUGUAACUGCACGUACUCUAACAACACCGUCUGUCACGUCACCAACAUACUUCUCAAGGCCCAAAAUCUUCAAGGCAGUCUUCCUCCGGAUUUAAGUAGGCUACCUUACCUUGAAGAACUUGACCUAACUCGCAAUUACCUCAACGGUACAAUCCCAAAAGAAUGGGGUUCCACGAAACUAGUCACAAUCUCUCUUCUUGGGAACCCUUUAACAGGUCCCAUCCCAAAAGAAAUUGGAAACAUCUCCACUCUUACAAGUUUAGUGGUCGAGUUCUGUCAGCUUUCUGGGUCUCUUCCUCUGGAGCUUGGGAAUCUGACUGCCAUAGAGAGAUUGCUUCUCAGCUCAAACAAUUUUACCGGGGAGUUGCCUGCAACUUUUGUUAAACUGACCUCAUUGACGGACUUCCGAAUUAGUGAUAACCAAUUCACCGGGAAGAUACCUGAUUUUAUCCAGAGUUGGACAAAACUUGACAUAUUGGCAAUACAGGGAAGUGGCUUGGGUGGGCCUAUCCCUUCGGGCAUCUCUCUUUUGAACAAUAUGACUGACUUGAGAAUCAGUGACUUGAGAGGAAAUGAAUCGACUUUUCCAUCGUUGAGUAGUAUGAAAAAGAUUAAGAUACUGAUCUUAAGGAGUUGCAAUAUAGUUGGACAGCUGCCUGCCGAUCUUGGUGGAAUGACCACACUAAAAACCUUAGACCUCAGCUUUAACAAACUUACCGGAGAAAUUCCGCCCAGCUUUACUAGACUAUCAAAUGUUGACUAUAUAUAUUUUACUGGGAAUGCUCUAACUGGAGAAGUUCCUGACUGGAUGCUGACCACAGGCGGCGGCCACAUUGAUCUUUCGUAUAAUAAUUUCACAGUUCACGGAUCCUGUGCGCAGCACAAUGUAAAUUUGUUUGGGAGCUCGUCAAUGGGAAAUGUUUCUGGAAUCGUUUCAUGUCUAAAGAGCGAUAGUUGUCCAAAAACAUUCUACAAUUUCCAUAUAAAUUGUGGGGGGAAAGAAGUGACGCUCAAUGGAACUACAUAUGCAGAAGAUAAUGAUGCCGCUUCACCUGCAAGAUACUACCGAAGUAUAAGUAACUGGGCUUUCAGCAGCACUGGUCACUUCUUGAAUGAUGAUCAGCCUACAGAUUUUUAUACUUUGUCGACAGAUACAACUAAAGUCGCCGAAAACACUACGGGACUGUACAAGGAAGCACGCCUGUCACCUCUCUCUCUAACUUAUUAUGGUUUCUGCCUUGGAAAUGGAAACUACACUGUUGACCUCCACUUUGCAGAGAUCAUGUUUACAGCUAACAAAACAUAUUACAGCCUUGGCAGGCGUAUAUUUGAUGUUUACAUUCAGGGAAAUCGGGUUUUGGAGGACUUCAAUAUAGCGGAUGAAGCAGGUGGACCUGGUAAAGCAAUUGUGAAAAACUUCACCGCUGAAGUAACCAGUAACACCUUGGAGAUCCGCUUUUACUGGGCUGGGAAAGGGACAACCGGUAUCCCUGUUAGAGGAGUUUAUGGUCCUCUGAUAUCUGCGAUCUCUGUGAGUCCUGGUGAUUUUAUACCUCCAUCAGAAGGGGGAGAGAAUGGUUUGCCUAUAGGGACUGUGGUUGGAAUCGUUGCUGCAGUCGCAUCCGUCGUCAUCCUUGUUCUGGCUAUUCUGUGGUGGAAGGGCUGUUUAAAACAUAAAGAUGCCGCAGGACCAGAUUUGAAGGGCCUAGAUUUACAAACUGGUUCAUUUACACUGAGGCAAAUUAAAACUGCUACAAAAAACUUUGAUGCAGCUAAUAAAAUUGGGGAAGGUGGUUUUGGCUCUGUCUACAAGGGUCUUCUUUCAGAUGGUACCAUAAUUGCAGUAAAGCAGCUCUCUGCCAAGUCCAAGCAAGGAAAUCGGGAGUUUGUGAAUGAGAUUGGCAUGAUCUCUGCUCUGCAACACCCUCAUCUUGUAAAGCUCUAUGGAUGCUGUAUUGAAGGAAAUCAACUCUUGCUGGUGUACGAAUACAUGGAAAACAACUGCCUUGCUCGUGCUUUAUUUGGCCCAGAAGAAUUUCGGCUGAAAUUGAACUGGCCAACAAGACGCAAGAUCUGUAUCGGCAUAGCAAGAGGUUUGGCUUUCCUCCACGAAGAAUCAAGACUGAAGAUUGUUCACAGAGACAUCAAAGCCACUAAUGUGUUGCUUGAUAAGGAUCUCAAUGCUAAGAUAUCCGACUUUGGUUUGGCAAAGCUCGAUGAGGAGGAUAAUACACACAUAAGCACCAAAAUUGCUGGCACCUACGGAUAUAUGGCUCCUGAAUAUGCAAUGCGGGGUUACCUAACUGACAAAGCAGAUGUGUAUAGUUUUGGGGUCGUUGCCUUGGAAAUUGUCAGUGGGAGGAGCAAUACUAGUUAUCGGCCAAAGGAGGAAUCUUUCUAUCUUCUUGAUUGGGCUCUUGUUCUAAAAGAGGAGGGGAAAUUGAUGGAAUUAGUGGACCCGAGGUUGGGUUCAGAGUAUAAAAAAGAUGAAGUGAUGACAAUGAUUAAUGUGGCUUUGCUAUGCACUAAUUCCGCUUCAGUACUUAGACCGAGUAUGUCUAUGAUUGUCAGCAUCCUUGAAGGUAAAUCUUUAGUUCCUGAGGUGGGUUCGGAUCAAAGUGAUUUGGUCGAUGAGAUGAAGAGGAAGACAAUGAAGAUGUAUUUCAAAGACACUGCAGAGCCCGGAAUUAGUGAGAGCCAGAGCGUGUCAAUUGACGGUCCAUGGACUGAUACUUCAUCUGCAGCUGAUCUAUAUCCAAUCAGCCUGGAGUCGGAUUAUUUGGUGAAUAGAAAUUAA